GGACUUUCCUAUUUGGUUUAACUCACUUUACCUGCACACGACGGUUGAAGCGACAAUUACCGGACAUCCAUAUAAUAACGACCUCAGAGGUUUUGUUGACCUAACACAUUAUAUUUAUUAUGAUCACACAUACAGAGAAUCAGUCAGUCUUUCGUGGUCUUUCGAAUCACAUCGUGGUAGAUAUACCUAAAGAUUGUAAUAAAGUGAGUGCGAACGUUUUGUAUUCUUCCGACAUUGCAUACUGCUACAGCAUUAAUUUGUUGCAGUUUAUAAAACAAAUUAUAUCAAUAUACAUAUGCAAUUAACAUACUGGACCGAAAUAUUGGUGUUUUAGAGAUCUAAAGUAAAUAUUCUUUUUCUUCGACAUGAUGCUAUUUCUAAAACUAUUAUUAAGUAGUGGAUUAAUUUUUAUCGCUGCGACGGCUUCCACUCGUAAUGAAUCUUUAUGCUAUCAACCAUCAGAAUAUGUAAAACCAAUACAUUACGAUAUGAAGUUUACAUCACGAAUUGGAAGAAAUCUUUUCUUUGGAGAAUGCAAUAUCAGCAUAAGUAUUCUUAAUAAAACGCAUCACAUAUAUUUACAUUCAAAAAGAUUAAAUAUUAGCAAUAUAAUAGUGCUAUUUACAAAUUUUGAAAAAUAUCAUGACAAUGAUAAAAAUGCAGUUUAUAAAUCGAUAUAUAAUAAUUACACUGUAAUUAAUGAAAAAGGCACAACUGAUAUAUCCUUUAUGGAUGAAUUAUCACCAGGAAAUUACACCUUAAAUAUAAAAUUUGAUGCUACUGUUGGUGAAGUCUUUAGAAUUUUCAACUUGAAAGAAGAUACUACUUGGAUAGAUGUUCCGCAUAUCCAGAUAAUGGGCAUCCGACGAUCGUUUCCAUGUCGGGGUCAACAGGAUUUAUCGUUAGAAGCAAAUUUUAACAUUUCUAUAGGAUAUUAUCUGUUCGCGGAUUUGCCAAAUGUGCAGUGGCGAAACAUCGAAAAAAGUGAAGACAAUUUGUUACAGACACACUUCGGUACCACACCUGUAAUAUGGACUAAUCACACAACAGUGAUUUUGUCUAAUUACUUAUUCAGUCUUGAUAGAAAAACUCGAAUCAUUAAAAUGCGGUACAGAAUUGAUACUAGAUUUGACAUGGAAUUUGCAAAAAAUGUAGCUGAAAAUAUCACGUUGUUUUUUGAAAAUGAAUGGAAACAUUCGAACCAUAUUUCGAUGAUGGAUCAUCUUGCAAUUCCAAAUUUUCAUGACAAAGUUUUCCGACUUGUUUUUUAUAGGGAAACAGAUAUCAUCUACGAUAAAAAUUUAUAUCCUGUUGCUCACAAAAUCCAAGUAGCUCAAUUAGUAGGACAUGAAGUGGCACAGCAAUGGUUUUAUAAUCUGAACAAACCGUUUCCGUCAAUUUUUUGGUUUAAUAAAGGUUUAACUACGUUGCUUGCAACGUAUGCUGUCAAUAAGAUUUAUCCAGAUUAUCGAAUAAUAAAUUUAUUUGUUGUUCAAAAUCAACAUUAUUCUUUUCAUUUGGAUGGUGCUUAUAGUUUGUGGAAUUCUACUGUAGAAGAUAUGAGUAUAUUCAAAAUUCGCCAAUUCAUCAAGGCACCCUUUAUACUGCGCAUGAUGCAACACGCUUUCACUGAAGAUAUAUUUUGGAAACACAUUCGCUCAUAUAUAAAUAAAACAACCAUUCUGAAUUUUUGGAAAGAAAUUGUUAUUCCUGCAAUAGAACCAGAUAUUUCUCUAGACAUAAUGACUUAUAGACAAUGUCCUAUCAUAAAAAUAAUACGAAAUUAUGAGGAUGCUAUGAGCCAAGCAAAUGUAUCGAUACAAAAUAUCGACACAUUACAUAUUGACUGUGUUCCUCUAACUUUUACUACACAAACAUCUCCCGAUUUUAACAAUUUUACUCAUCAUAUAGUAUGCACGUCAAGGGAUUUAAAACUAUCAUUAGCAUCUAAAGAGACUGGUUGGAUUAUAUUCAAUAUACAACAAAUUGGAUAUUAUCGCGUGAACUAUGAUGAUGAGAAUUGGCGAAGAAUUUCACAUUAUCUAAACCAUGAUGAUUACACGAAAAUUCAUGUUCUUAAUCGUGCCCAAAUUAUCGAUGAUGCAUUUCAUUUAAUGAUAGCAGAACAACUUAAUUCAUCUAUAUUCUGGGAUAUCAUAUCGUAUCUAAAUCGAGAAGAAGAUUAUAUAGCGUGGUAUCCUAUGUUUAAAGCUCUGGAAUACAUGUUCAGUACUUCUCUGGUAGUGUUGAAAGAAAAACAUGGAAAUCUCAAGAAUUACAUAAACGAUAAAUUAAACGGGACAUUUAAAAGAAUCAAAUAUGAAGAAAUUAAUGAUAAUGACGACCUUAGAAAAUGUUUACAACAAGAAGUAGCAAGAUGGGCAUGUUUUCUCGGUGACAUUACUUGUAAGGAAAAAGCCAACAAUAAAUUAAAACAACAUAUCGAAGAUCCUAAAACACACAGACUUUUGCCAUGGUGGAAGGAAUGGACAUAUUGUAAUGGUUUGAUGUUGACCAAAGAAGAGACCACAUGGCAAUCAGUGUAUGAUAUAGGAUUGAAUAAAUCUGACACUAAGUUUUUAGAAUACUUGGCUUGCCCUGAAGAUAUUAAUCUCAUUAAAAAAUAUUUAAGAUAUAAUCAAAACAUUUCUACAAAACAGGAAUAUCCAAAUUCUUUUAACAGUUUCUUACAUAUUUUGACGAAGCAUGCGAAGAAUCAAAUUAUACUGGAGUACAUAUUAGAUCAUUUUAACGAAAUAAAACCAAAAUAUGUUAGUACACCUGCAGCAUUAAUUAUUAUUAUUAAUAACCUAUAUUCCGUAAAUUUAACUCAGGAAAUAUUAAAUGCCGUUAAAGGUAUUAUAAAAACUAACUUAGUUGAAGUAAAUAACGCAGAAGAUUUACUGAAAAGACAUCAAAUAAAAGAGGGUUACAUUAAGAUAAAUGAGCAUAACAUACAUGACCGAAUUAGACGCCAGAUAGACAUUCGGGACGAUCAAACCGAAAGACAAAGAUCGAAAUCAUACGUUAAGAAUUUAAUAUUGAAGCUAAUAUUAAGCAUGCCACCUUUAGAAUUUGAUCCUAAUAAGUUUCGAGAGAGUUUAAGAGCACACGAAGUCAAGGAUAUCCUAUCAACCAUAACCAGAAAAACUAUCAACUAAGUGUUGAUUUGGAGUUGUUUGGGAGCCCCCUCUCGUUGGGGGCUCUGAGGCUUAAGCAUCGUAAGACUCUAUAUAAAUCCGCCUCUGGACAUACUUAUAGGAAUAAUUUUUUAUAUUGAUUUUACUAUUUUUUUUUACUGCUUUAAUUAUUGCUUAUUUAGAUGUAUUACUAUUUGCUGCGUCUGUAUUUACAAAAAUUUAUGACUGCAUGCAUUAAGUUUUUCAUUUUUUGCGAUCUUGCUUGAAGUAGUUGAAGUAUAUAUUAUUAUCUGUGUAGUCACAA